GGCGGCGGGGGCGGGGACCCGGAGCGGGAAGAUGGCGGCCGCGCAGGAGGCGGACGGGGCCGGCAGCGCCGUAGUGGCGGCCGGGGGAGGCAGCUCCGGUCAGGUGACUAGCAAUGGCAGCAUCGGGAGGGACCCGCCGGCGGAGACCCAGCCCCAGAACCCACCACCCCAGCCAGCACCCAACGCCUGGCAGGUCAUCAAAGGCGUGCUGUUCAGGAUCUUCAUCAUCUGGGCCAUCAGCAGCUGGUUCCGCCGAGGGCCGGCCCCUCAGGACCAGGCAGGCCCUGGAGGAGCCCCACGUGUCGCCAGCCGCAACCUGUUCCCCAAAGACACUUUAAUGAACCUGCACGUGUACAUCUCAGAGCACGAGCACUUUACAGACUUUAAUGCCACAUCAGCGCUGUUCUGGGAGCAGCAUGACCUUGUGUAUGGCGACUGGACUAGUGGCGAGAACUCAGACGGCUGCUACGAGCACUUUGCUGAGCUCGACAUUCCACAGAGCGUCCAGCAGAACGGCUCCAUCUAUAUCCACGUCUACUUCACCAAGAGCGGCUUCCACCCAGACCCCCGGCAGAAGGCGCUGUACCGCCGGCUCGCCACGGUGCACACGUCUCGGAUGAUCAACAAAUACAAGCGCCGGCGGUUUCAGAAAACCAAGAACCUGUUGACGGGAGAGACGGAAGCUGACCCAGAAAUGAUCAAGAGGGCCGAGGAUUACGGGCCUGUGGAGGUGAUCUCCCACUGGCACCCCAACAUCACCAUCAACAUUGUGGACGACCACACGCCGUGGGUGAAGGGCAGCGUGCCUCCUCCCCUGGACCAGUAUGUGAAGUUUGAUGCCGUGAGCGGUGACUACUACCCCAUCAUCUACUUCAAUGACUACUGGAACCUGCAGAAGGACUACUACCCCAUCAACGAGAGUCUGGCCAGCCUGCCCCUCCGCGUCUCCUUCUGCCCGCUCUCGCUCUGGCGCUGGCAGCUCUACGCCGCCCAGAGCACCAAGUCGCCCUGGAACUUCCUGGGCGACGAGCUGUACGAGCAGUCAGAUGAGGAGCAGGACUCGGUGAAGGUUGCCCUCCUGGAGACCAACCCCUACCUGCUGGCGCUCACCAUCAUUGUGUCCAUUGUCCACAGUGUCUUUGAGUUCCUGGCCUUCAAGAACGAUAUCCAGUUCUGGAACAGCCGGCAGUCCCUGGAGGGCCUGUCCGUGCGCUCCGUCUUCUUUGGCGUCUUCCAGUCUUUCGUGGUCCUCCUCUAUAUCCUGGACAACGAGACCAACUUCGUGGUCCAGGUCAGCGUCUUCAUCGGGGUCCUCAUCGACCUCUGGAAGAUCACCAAGGUCAUGGAUGUCCGGCUGGACCGGGAGCGCAAGGUGGCAGGGCUCUUCCCCCGCCCAACCUUCAAAGACAAGUCAACAUACGUUGAGUCCUCGACCAAAGUGUAUGACGACAUGGCGUUCCGGUACCUGUCUUGGAUCCUCUUCCCACUCCUGGGCUGCUAUGCCGUCUACAGCCUCCUGUACCUGGAGCACAAGGGCUGGUACUCCUGGGUGCUCAGCAUGCUCUAUGGCUUCCUGCUGACCUUCGGCUUCAUCACCAUGACACCCCAGCUCUUCAUCAACUACAAGCUCAAGUCUGUGGCCCACCUGCCCUGGCGCAUGCUCACCUACAAGGCCCUCAACACCUUCAUUGAUGACCUGUUCGCCUUUGUCAUCAAGAUGCCUGUUAUGUACCGGAUUGGCUGCCUGCGGGACGAUGUGGUCUUCUUCAUCUACCUCUACCAACGGUGGAUCUACCGCGUCGACCCCACGCGGGUGAACGAGUUUGGCAUGAGUGGCGAGGCCCCAACAGCAGCAGGGGCCCUCCCGCCAGCCCCCGCCCCUGCCACGACCACCGCCGCCGCCAGGGAGGAGGCCUCCACACCCCCGCCCGCCAGGCCCACCCAGGAGGCCAGCUCUGACAGCGAGCCCCAGGAAGCCCCUCCAAAGCCGGCAGAGGACAAAAAAAGGGAUUAGCCGCUCCUGGUGACCCCCACCCCUGCCGCCCCGGCCCCCUCGCCUCCCCUCCCUGUCGCCCCUUCCCUGGACAGAUCGGGCCGGGGCCGGUGUGUGGUGUGGGGGCCAGGGCGCGUCGUUUGUGGAGGCGCCGUCUGUCUGUCUGUCCCUCCAUGUUUCCAGCCAUCUCGCCCCGCCAGCCCAACACCAUCGGGAAUCAUGGUGAAGCCGACAUGGCACUGCCGAGGGGGUGGGCCAGGUGGGGCAGGGGCCGGGCCCCUCUGUGGGACACCCACGGCCGUCCAUCAUCUUGUCCCUCGAUCCCCCACCACUCCCUCCUCCCAGACCGCCGCCCUUUAACACAGUCUGGAUUUAAUAAAUUCAUAUGGGUGUUUAACUUAAACUCAACAGA